ACAAGACCUAUGAAUUCUUAUGUACUAAAUCUUCAUAAGAGAACCUAAGAAGAAGAAGAAGAAAAACAAUAUUGUUUCAUUUUGUCAAACUUUUUAUGAGAAUAAAAAGAACAAAAAUGGCCAACAUAUCCAUGGAAUCAAGAAUGAGCACAACACAUUCAAAUAUCAGCAACAGCAAGAAAGAUCACAACCAGCAUGGGGCUGUGAUUGAAGAGAUUGAAGGAUUAAUCAAAGUUUACAAAGAUGGUUACGUCGAACGUCCUCCGAUCGUGCCGAAUGUUGCGGCGGCCGUAGGCCAAGAGCUAAACUUGUUCUGCAAAGAUGUUAUCAUUGAUAAAUUCAGUAACCUUUGGGCUAGAUUUUAUGUCCCAAAAUGCCAAGGAAAACAACUUCCUUUGCUUAUUUACUUUCACGGUGGUGGGUUUUGUGUGGGUUCACCUUCUUGGAUCUGCUAUCAUGAAUUCAUAUCAAAAUUAGCUUCUGCUUCUGGUUGUGUUGUUAUGUCAGUGAAUUACCGUUUAGCACCGGAACAUCGUCUACCAAAGGCUUUUGACGAUGGUUUUAACUCUGUCAUGUGGGUGAAACAGCAAGCCACAAUGAGAUCUAAUAAUGAUCAGAGAUGGUGGUUAAACAGUUGCAAUUUAUCAAAGGUGUUCGUAGGUGGUGAUAGUGCUGGUGCCAAUAUAGCCCAUAAUGUAGCUAAACGGAUCGGUGCGGCGGGACUAAUUAACCCGUUGACACUCAGAGGGAUCAUCUUAGUUCAACCCUUUUUUGGAGGGGAACAAAGAACUUACUCUGAGAAAUAUUUAGCACAGCCUCCAAAUUCAGCUUUGAGUCUAACCGUAUCCGACGUAUUUUGGCGAUUAUCUUUGCCGACGGGUUCAAACCGUGAUCAUCAAUUUUGCAACCCUUUAGCCAAAGGUGCGACCCGAUUAGAAGACUUGAGAAUUCCUCCAGUUAUGGUUUGCAUCUCAGAGAUGGAUAUAUUGAAAGAUAGGAGCUUGGAGUUUUGUAAUGCUAUGAGAAGAGCAGGGAAAAGUGUGGAGCAGGUUAUGUUUAUGGGUGUAGGACAUGCUUUUCAGAUUCUGCAUAACUAUCAACUCUCCCAGACUAGAACCCAUGAAAUGAUUUCUCAUAUCAAAGCUUUCAUCAACAAAUGACUCGGCUCGUCAGUCGUAACUAGUAUUAGCUUUGAUCGACUCCCAAAUUACAAACGGUGACCGAUCAUGCUGUAAUAUCAACUUUCUUUUUGUGUUUUUUUUGAUGUACUCAAGGAAAUGUAUUGCAGAAUAGUAUUAUAUAUCCAAUUUAGAAGUUUCAAUUA